AUGAAGAUGUCGUACGAGACGUUGAAUCUCAGCGGCCUCUGCUUUGAGGCCCUGAACACCACCGUCAAGUGUUCUGACCGACUGGCCAAGCACAUUGCGUGGGACGCAUCCAGUGUUGGCCUUCUCGACCGGGUCGGUCUAGCAGAUGUCUGCGAGGACACAUGCAGACAGUCACUCGUUGACCUACGCACAAAGAUCUUAGGCUCCUGCGACACCAAUACCGACACCAUUCAGUAUAGCUAUCUGAACUUCCCGGCAACAUACAUUGUCGACAGAUAUUUGUACUUCUAUGACGUCUCCUGCUACAAAGAUAGCUCAUCGGGAAAAUUCUGCGAUACUGUGGUGGCCGGCUGGCGCAACGAGACAGGUGGCUCCGAGGCGCACUAUUGCGAUGACUGCUGGCUAGGCCCCAUGUCUGUUCAACUUAAAUCGCCUAUCGGUUUCAACAAAUACCGCGCCCAAGAGUUUGCGUCAUUGACUAGAAGCUGUUCCGUUGACGCCUACGCCAAACCCACCCCAACGCCGUAUUGA